GCGCCUUUGCGCAGACAGGAACAAGAGAAUAAGCUGGUGCACAUGUGGUCACUGCUCAGUCCGUGUGUGAGUGUGUGUAAAGAGAAGCACGUCAGGCACAAGCAGGACAAGCAGAGGGAACAUUUCUAACGUUUCAUAUCUGACAAUAUGAGGCCAGGAUUCACUCCUCGUGGAGAUCGUGGUGGACGAGGUGGAGGUAGAGGAGGACGUGGUGGAUUCGGAGGAGGGAGAGGUGGAUUCAGGUCGCCAGAGGGUGGAGGAGGAUUUCGUGGCAGAGGUGGCGGCGGAGGCGGAUUUCGCGGUAGAGGUGGUGGAAGAGGGACACCAAGAGGAAGAGGUGGCGGCAGGGGAGGCUUUGGUGCAGGAAGGAAGGUGUUGGUGGAGCCCCACAGACACGAAGGAGUAUUUAUCUGCAGAGGGAAGGAAGAUGCCCUUGUAACCAAAAACAUGGUGGUUGGAGAGUCAGUGUACGGGGAGAAGAGGAUCAGUGUGGAGGAAGGGGAGACAAAAAUUGAAUACAGAGCCUGGAAUCCAUUCCGCUCAAAACUGGCAGCAGCCAUCCUUGGAGGAGUAGACCAGAUUCAUAUCAAACCUGGGGUAAAGGUCAUGUACCUAGGGGCUGCCUCUGGAACCACAGUGUCACACGUCUCUGACAUUGUAGGACCGGAAGGAUUAGUUUACGCUGUGGAGUUUUCCCAUCGAUCGGGUCGUGACCUUCUUAAUGUAGCAAAGAAGCGCACCAACAUCAUUCCCAUCAUUGAAGAUGCACGCCACCCACACAAAUACCGCAUGCUGGUUGGUAUGGUAGAUGUCAUUUUUGCUGAUGUUGCCCAGCCUGACCAGACAAGAAUUGUCGCAUUGAAUGCCCACAACUUCCUGAAGAAUGGAGGGCAUUUUGUUAUUUCCAUUAAGGCCAACUGCAUAGACUCAACAGCAGCUCCAGAGGCAGUGUUUGCAUCAGAGGUGAAGAAGAUGAGUGCUGAGAACAUGAAACCACAGGAGCAGCUCACACUGGAGCCGUAUGAAAGAGACCACGCUGUGGUGGUGGGAAUUUACAGACCUCCACCUAAACAGAAGAAAUGAAGAGUAAAGGAAGUCACGGAGAGGAUGAAUUUACCAUUUCACCUACCUUCUACUUUGUGUUCUAUUGUCUUUCCUACUCUGCGCUUUACUUCCACUCGUUACACUUCUGCAGCUUACAAACCUGACUAGCACUCAGGGCAAGGAGGUUACUUUAUUAGGUUAUUUUAGCCUUUAGAAAAUUUUACAAUUAAAUCUUCACACUGAUAAGUAAGAGGUUUUUGGCAAGUGAAGAAAGUGUUGGUAGUGCAAGUCCUUUAUGAAAAGUUUAAACUUUAAUUUGGUUGCACAUUCUUAAAGUGGGGUUUAAUUAAGUCUAUUAAACUAAAUUAGCUUUUCUUCUCUGUCUUCACAAACUUUGUCCAGAUAACUAGUUGCCUUCAUAGCCUGAAAAAUGUCAACUGAACUUGAACUCAACUGAAAUGAAUUUUGUAUCUGCUGUAGGAAGUUAAGAUAUUUUGGAUGUUCCACAUGUUUGAUCCCAUUUCAUAUCUGUGAUCAGGUCAUUGUCUUUACAAUUUCUUUCUGUCUUUCGUUUCCUUGUCCUGGUAACUGGUAAAUCUUGAGUUAUUCACGUUUAUGUACCAUGUAUGACUGGUAUGACUUUGUAAGAUAUCAUUUUGAACUUCUGUAUGGUUAAAGUGUUCUAAGGGCAGUGCAUGUGGAGAGCUUCAUAUUGCCACACACUCUGGCCUUGUAGGCAAAGAAGCCUGAAUGCUGAUCCGUUUGGUGGUGAGGUGGUAAACUGACCCUGCGUGUCUGUGUACAAAUAUAGAAAGUGACUUUUUCACUCAGACUUGUAAUAUGAUACUGGUAUAACUUUUGUGUUGGCAGAGUAUUAUGCAGAAAAGUUGUAGAUUUAUUACAACAACUUGACAUGUUUUGACAAAACCAACAACUUUGUUUUAAUAAAAUGUUUGAUUUUUGAUUAUAA